UUCGCGUCAGGCCAGGCAAGCCAAGCAGAGACAGACAGACGGUCAAGUGCAGAAGAAUGGGGCCAAUCUCUCCCUUCUAUUCCCCCCUUUUUGGCCUCCUGGUCUUCAGCUGCUUCCUGCAAGCAGACGCAGCAGUAACAGUGUGUCCUGAAGGCUGGAUGUCCUACGAGCGCAAUUGCUAUCAAGUAUUUGCUAAUGCAUUGAGCUGGAAUGAUGCAGAGACAGAGUGCCAGGCCAUCAACCCAAGCAGCCAUCUUGCCUCUAUCCUUAGUCAGCAAGAAAUGAACACGGUAGCCAAACACAUCUCCUCGACCCAUGGGAAUGUGGGUUAUGUCUGGAUUGGCCUCUUUGAUCCCGCCGGUCAUGCUUCUAAGCACAAGGGGAAAAGAAAACGGCAAACAGCAAACAGACGAUGGAAGUGGACAGAUUCCUCGGCCGUCCUUUUUCUUUCUUGGGCACCUGGGCAACCCGACAACAGUGAUAAAAGGGAGUAUUGUGCUGCCUUACUACAUCAAGAUUACACAAAAUGGAGGGAUGACAUUUGUGAAGCGAAGCAUCCCUACCUGUGCAGGUUUCCUUUGUGAAGUCAGCCAGUCAUCAGGGCUUCGACAUGGUCACGACCUGGGGCAAUGGGACUACUCAACCCGAGGAUCCUUCCUUCCAGGGGAUUCCCACUUCCUUCCAUCUAUUACUCCAGUGCCCCAGCCCCAUGGAGUGGCUAUGGGUCAUGCUUUCUCUUUUCUGUGCUGU